GGAGCCAGACACCCAAGGCGCUCGUGACCCUCAGCGGAGCGCCCAGGACCUCCCUCAACGCCCGGAGCCGUGGCCGAGGCGAGGACACACUUCCAACCUGGGACGUCGGCACGACUGAGACCGCGACCAGCAGCUCGCACUUCCGGCCGCUCUCCGCUGCCCACCCCCACAGGCCGCCGCGCCUCCAGGAACCCGCACGGCGCGAGCCACUGCUCACCCAGAGCAUGGACUUCGCGCGCCUCUGGCUAGGGCUGAUGCUGCCUUUGGUAGCUGCGCUGGAUUUCAACUACCACCACCAGGAAGAGAUGGAAGAGUUUUUGAAGAAUGUUGCCCAAAACUACAGUUCUAUCACUCACUUACACAGUAUUGGGAAAUCUGUGAAAGGAAGAAACCUGUGGGUUCUUGUUGUGGGGCGGUUUCCAAAGGAGCACAGAAUUGGGAUUCCAGAAUUUAAAUACGUGGCAAACAUGCAUGGAGAUGAGACUGUUGGGCGGGAACUGUUGCUUCAUUUGAUUGAAUAUCUCGUAACAAAUGAAGGAAAAGACCCUGAAAUCACAAGUCUCAUCAAUAGUACUCGGAUACACAUCAUGCCUUCAAUGAACCCAGAUGGGUUUGAAGCCGUCAAAAAGCCUGACUGUUUUUACACGGAUGGAAGGGAAAAUUCUAAUCAUCAUGACCUGAACAGAAAUUUCCCCGAUGCUUUUGAAUUUAAUAAUGUAUCAAGGCAGCCUGAAACUGAAGCAGUCAUGAAGUGGCUGAAAACAGAGACCUUUGUCCUCUCUGCAAACCUCCAUGGUGGCGCCAUGGUGGCCAGCUACCCAUUCGAUAAUGGUGUUCCAGCAACUGGGACUUUACUUUCACGCAGCUUAACCCCCGAUGAUGAUGUUUUUCAAUACCUUGCACAUACUUAUGCUUCAAGAAAUCCCAACAUGAAGAAAGGAGAACAGUGUAAAAGUAAAAUGAAAUUUCCAAAUGGAGUUACUAAUGGAUACUCUUGGUAUCCACUCGUAGGUGGAAUGCAAGAUUACAACUACGUCUGGGCCCAGUGUUUUGAAAUUACGUUGGAGUUGUCAUGCUGUAAAUAUCCUCGUGAGGAGAAGCUUCCAUUCUUCUGGAAUGAGAACAAAGCCUCAUUAAUUGAAUAUAUAAAACAGGUGCACCUAGGUAUAAAAGGUCAAGUUUUUGAUCAGAAUGGAAAUCCAUUACCCAAUGUAAUUGUGGAAGUCCAAGACAGACAACAUAUCUGCCCUUAUAGAACCAACAAAUUUGGAGAAUAUUAUCUCCUCCUCUUGCCUGGGUCCUAUAGGAUAAAUGUUACAGUCCCUGGACAUGAUCCACACCUCACAAAUGUGAUUAUUCCAAAGAAAUCCCAGAACUUCAGUGCUCUUAAAAAGGAUAUUCGACUUCCAUUCCAAGAACAAUUGAAUUCUGUCCCAGUAUCAAAUCCUUCAUGCACUCUGAAUCCUCUAUACAGAAAUUUGCCAAGCCAUUCAGCUGCAACAAAUCCUAGAUUGUUCUUAUUUUUAGUGACUCUUUUGCACAUAUUUUUCAAAUAAAGCAAAAUGUGAAACUCGACCCCUGUCACCACUGGAAUCAGGGAUUACUCAAACCAGGUUACUGCAACUCUAACUCCCUCUGUGGGACAUAGACUGGAUGAGCACCAUGGUCUUCCCUAAGAUAAGAAGCGGAUGGUUCCAAAUCCUGCAACAAGCAAUGUGGUGUGAUAACAAAAGGAAUCAUUCAGUCUUGAUGAUGAAUGGAAAAUACCUACCUAUCAAGCCCUGCCCACUUACACUUAAAUUAAUAUUGAAGCAGCCUUUAAAAAAUUGUUAGAAGUUAAACUUGAGAAGCAAAAAAGCAGUUCCCACAAGGAAAAAAAGGAGCCAAUUUUGUACAGAAAGCCAGGUGAAUAUAAGCAAAUAGUGAACUUUUAUUAAUCACCUACUGUAUACGAGAUCUUGCCCUGAGUAUUGUAUGUGAAGAGGAAGUGAGUGUCAUAUAGAAUUAGUUCUCAGCAGAGAAAUGAUUUCAUGGGACUGGGAACUUUUAGUGUGUGAAUUGUCUAAAGGAAUGCAAGAGAAAAUAGGAAACUAUGUCUCAGUGGUCCCCAAAAACCUCAACCUGGGGAUGGUGAGAAGGUUGUUUCUAUAGAGCCCCCAAAGCAACAGGUCAGCUGUGUCCCUGCCUUUCUGUACCAGAAUGCCACAGGAGCCCUCUGUUACACUGAUGAUUUCCAAAUGAGUAACUCGAGCCUCUUGCCUGAGCUUCAGACUCACGUCCGAUUGCCCACUGGGCGUAUCCACCUGGGUAUGACCCAGAGGUACCCCAAGCACAACAUGUUGAAAACUGAAAAUGCUUUUCUCCUAGAGCAGCUCUUCCUCCUAUAGUCUCUACCCCAACUGAUGGCACCAUCACGUCAGAAAACUGGGAGUCAUCCUGGAUACUUCCUCCUCUUUCUUCAUCCCACAUACUCAGUCACUAAAGGUUGAUGUUAAUUAUCAAUAUGGAUGGAGUCUACCCUCUCCUCAUCUGAACCACUGCAACAGCCUUCCUGGUCUCUUGCUCCCAGUUGUCCUCUUCAAGUCCAUUCUUCACAGUGCUGGGGACAAGGGUCUACUUAAAACAAAAAUCAACAGUCAACUGCUUAUAGUUGCUACACAUGUAACAUGCUGUUUGUGUUUCCUCUGAAGAGAAUGCCAUUCUGAUCCAUUACAUUUCCCUUUGCACACCUCCUUUAAAACUCAGUUCUGGUAUCAGUUCUUCCAGGAAGCCGUUGCCGACCAUCAUCCCAUUCCAUCCACCCCAUCCCUUCCCGGUAAAUCUGGGGAUAGAGGCCCUUCUUCUUUGUUCUCCAAAAUAAAUGGUUUGUCUCCAUUAUUGAAUUGACAAUACUGUAUCAUGAUCAUCUGCUUCCAUGUAUGCCUUCUCUAGUAGAGUGUGAGCUCUUUGAGGCCAGAGUCUAUUUAAUUUGUUUUUCAAAAUCUCAUUUUUAUACCCUCAGAGCCUAGCACAUUGUGGGUACUGAAUGAAUGAAAGAAGAAAGGGUUCCAAAAACCUGCUAUGCCCAGUCCCUCCCAGAAACUGUGUAGGGCUGUGAGUCAUUUUAUGAAACUAGGUCCUAUGCUUUGGCAAUGUCCAGCUCACUAGUAACCCUGACUGAAGAGUAUUUUUAUGUAUAUAUCAAGAAAUAAAUCCAAACACAAUGCUUUUACUAGACCUUGCAUUUGUUCUAAGGUUCAUAGUAAUGGUCUUAUAUUACCUGUUAACAGCAUUCCAUUUUUAUUGGAAAACAAAAUUCUCCCAUUAGGACUCAAUGUGAAGAAACUGUCUCCACUAUACUGAGUUAGCUUAAAAUAUUGUUAUAAAAAUGAAGGGGUGAAAAAACAUCAAACAAAAAAAACAAUAGCAGCUCUGGGAAGCACAUUUCUAAGUGCAGUGUAUUACUCAUGGGAAGUGAGUUGUCUCAGUUCUUGUUUUAAAUGGAAACUGCAAACUAAACAUAUUGGGCUUGGUACGUGGUGAAUGCUAGAGACCCUCAAAGGAAUGGGAAGAUACAUGGGCAUUUAGGCACUCCCAUGCAUAUCCUUCAUGCACAAAACAAUACUUCUUGUUGUAAACAGAAUUUGUAGCCCUUUUUAAAACCAGUUCUUAUGAAAUCUGGCAAUAGCCUGGAGAGUUGAUCAUUCUUAUUUAAAUUAGCUUUAAUUUAUUAUAUACAAGAAAGUAUGUAUUAAUAUAUUGCAGAAAACUAUUUUGGUAAUGGUACACAUAAAAGUAUCUAAUACAAAACUGGGUUUAUCAUUAAGUCCUAAACUGGGCUUUCUAAGUUUUAACUUUUUCUAACAUGAUUUUUGAAGGGAUAUGAACCCAAAUCUAAAUUAGUUUGAGCUUCAUGCAAUAUUUUUUUUUUACUGACACCAUGUUUUCAAAUCAUAAAUUUAUAUCAGAAUCAAAAUCAUUUAAAGAAAAAAAAAUAAUUAGUAUAAUCUUCAAACCAAAUCUAAACCUAACCUGUAUUUAAUUCAGAGCAGGUUUGGUCCCUGUUAUGCAGCUACGGCUCUGUGCUUGAACAGAAGGUUCAUCGUGAGAGGUUAGCACGGUGGAAUCCCAGGUCUGCCUUCCACUGAUCAAGUGAAGCAUCCGAGAGGAGAAACCACCAUGGAAUUCUGACAAAGUCAGGCCAGAUCCCAGAACCUACUGGCAUAGCCCCUUUCCUGCCGCUCCCCACCACUCAGACUGGUGGCCCUGGUUUGGGUAUGCAGUAAUUCCUUUUAUAGAGACACCAAUAUGAUAAAGGUUUUCAAAAUGGGAGGAAAGAAGAUAGCAUGGUAGAAUAAAAUAGAAAUUAGAAGGCAGGACACCUGGGUUCAAGUCCUCCACACACAUUGUUUCCUUACCUGUAAAACAAAGGCCCCUACUUCACUGAUUGUUACUCUGGUAGAAGAAGUGGUAUAAGGUGCCAAAUGUGGUGCCAUUAUUGGUGCUUGCCUAGGUGGAAGAAAGACACUCAGGUGGCAUAAAUAUUUUUUAAAUGAUUUUAAUAUACCUAUUGAAAACCAAAUCUUUUGUCUCAUAGGUAAACAGAAUUGGCCUGAAAGCUGACACAUUAGUUGGCUAGAAUAAUUUAAAAUAUUUAAAGAAACUUUCAUGAAGUAAGUUUUUUUUCUUAUGUUCCUUUUCAAGUUGUAAUGUUAAUAAAUAUUACCUGUCAGUAAGUCAAAGUGGUUACUAAGUGGUAAAAUUACCUGCAUUUAAAUUUGACUUCCAUAACUCAACAACUGGAUAUCCUUUCAUGAAUGAAUCUAAAUGGUGGGAAGUUUUUAGAAAAAUGUUAAGGCUCUGCAGAUAAGUGUCGGUGUUGAUUUUGGUGCUUUAUUUAGCCCAUUCAGACUUGAGCUGUUGGUGUAUCAGAAAUGUUAAAAGCCUCUUCUCAACAUUUUUGAAAGUCCUAAGAGAUUAAUGUUGUGUUUUGUUCCAAAAGUAAAUUUGCAUUUGUAAUUUGUUUCUUAAAAUCUAUUUAGAAAAAAAAAAAAUUAUCUGAUGCUGAGCUGGAAAUACCCUUUUCUAGGGGAUCCAGAAAAAUGAGCACAGCAUAUUGUCUUACUGCAACAGGAUACGUUGCUCAUUGAGAAGUCUGGUUCUUAUUCUAUAUAGUACCAAUAAAAUUGAUGUUUGGUUUGUAUGACAGAUCUUCAUGACUUUAGAUGGAGGGAGACGGAGAAAAUGUGAAUGACCAUAUUGCUUAAAAGCACUAAAAGUUCACAAUGCCUAAAACAGAACUUUGGGGAAAAGUUCCAACUUCAUUAUAGACCUCACAUUAUAUUACUAAUAAGCAAAUAAUGUAUUGUAUUGCUCACAAACCACUUUUAUCAUAUUUUAACAUAUGAAAUAUUCCACAGCCUUUUAUAGAUGUUUUAUACCUGAUUUUACAAGUUUUCUCAGUGACUUUCUUUUGUACUAUAAUUAAGAACUUAUUAAAAUGUACAAAUUGUUUAAGACUAUAAAGGUUAUUGGGUAGGGGCCAUGACUACCUCUGAGUUUAGUAAAUUCAGAAUACUUCUGCUUCUCAAUAAAGAAUUAAUAUUUAUGUAAA